GGAAUUAAAGCUAAUCUUAUUAUUUAAAAUUUAUUUAAAUAAAAUUAAUUCAAUUCCGCUUUAAUCAAUUCAUUAAUACAAAUGGCAAAAUUAUCCACACUUAUUAUUAUUCUUGCGAUCGUUGCAUCUGCCCAUGCCGCCGCUGUAUGGUUAAGGCGCGAAACACCUCAAACCGUAACGGUGGAAAGUGAAGAAGUAUUCUGCUCGUUCCUUCCAAAAACGCAUGGAGAAGAAAUCGGGGAUAGUGAAGACGAUGCUAUACCAUUUUGCACUGAGGCUAACCCUGCCAAUGCACCUGGAGCCAAAAAAUUUCCCAACGGUUUCAUUAAGUCUGCUAACUUUGCUAAAGGAAAAGGGUUUGUUCAAAUAACCGGUACCAUUGACAGAACUAAGUACAAAUUGAAAAAAAGUGAUGGAGGCGGUCAAUAUGAUACUAAAGCACCUUCUGGUGCAGUAUGCAAAGGAUUUAAAAAUUUCGUGAACUUGGUUGAACCUGAUAUUAACACAUUCUGCAUUCGCUGCUGCACUGACACCAAAAAGUGCAAUACCGGAAAGAGUACUGAAGGUUGCGCUGUUGUCGUCCCUGGUGAUUACAGUUAAAAUCAGAUAUUUUUAAUAUAGUAGUUAUUAUUAAUUACACUUAGUUUAAUUAUACCAUUAGUUAACAAUUUAUACCUUUACAUUAAUUAAUUUUAUAAAUUAAAAUUACGUGUUUAUGAAAAAAAAAUUAAUGAUUUUUUCUUAGAUUUUUAAACUUUGCAAAAUGAUGUCAAAUGGACUAGUUACACGAAUUAUCAUUAUACUUUAUUAUUAGACCUUAAUAAAAAAUUUUUAAAUAUUUUACUAAUAAAAAAAAUAAUAUUUCGAUAUUUAAUAUUUUGCAUUUGUUAUAUAUUGUAUAUUUUCUAUGCACAUACAGUACUUUUUUAUUUUUCUGAUAUUCAUACAUAUGCAUACAUCAGAUCAAAAAUUCUAAUUACACAGAACCUUAUAAUCACGUGAUGUUAAUUAUGCAGCGACUAAAUAAAACAUGACAACUGUUCGAAAGUAAAAUUACCUAAUGCAAA